AACGAACCAGCAGCCCGAACAUCAGCGGAUUAAACCGUUAAUAUAGCUUUAAACAGCACACAGACGGUUACAGGCACUGAAAACAAGGGAAUGGAGACAAAACACGGCUGUGUGUCAAACAUGAAUCGACUUUUAGCGCGUUAGGCCCUUAAACCGUUUGUGAUCACUGAUCAAUAACGCUAUUGACUCAGCCAGCCUGGACCAGAGAGUAACAUCAUCGCUACAGAAGGGUCACAGAAGGACGAACUAAUAUAAUGAAUCGUCUUUGUUCUGUCAACAAUAAUUUCCCGUAUGACAAUAACCUCUUGGUCCUGGACAUGGUGCUGAGUUCACUAUGGGGAAUGCCACAGCCAAUCAACUGGGACAGCGUUGCCCGUCUCGUUCCUGGCUUCACACCGAAAGAGUGUGCACGCAGGUUCGAUGAGCUGAAGAGCACCGGGAGUUUCCCCCUAGUGGACGAGCAGUGUAACGCACUGACCGCAGCCAGCAGCUCUCCAUCUGAACCGUUGUCCGCUUACAUCAGGUCCACCCUAUUGGACAUUACUGGGGACACGGGGGAACCACGGACCAAUCAGAGCACGCUCUCAGUGUCAAGCCUGAGUGUGAGCCCUGCCGUUAGAGGAGCCGGUGCUGAGAAUGAGAGCACAGCGGCCACCGAGGAGCGAGAAAAGGAGGAUGGAGGAAAAAGUCCUACCAUGGUGAUCCAUGUGUGUGACGAAGCGAAGAACCUGAAGCAGGAUUUCUCAUGUCCACGCGACCUGCUGGUGAGGGAGAUGCGCUAUUUUGCAGAGUAUCUGUCAGUGGAUGCUCAGCGCUGGGAGGAGGUGGACAUCUCGGUCCACUGUGACGUCCAGAUAUUUGACUGGCUCAUGAACUAUGUCAAGAGAAACUCUGCUGACCACGAACUGGGAAAACAUGUGGAAAAACCCAAACUAGAGCCCAGCAAUGUCAUCUCUAUCCUGAUCUCAUCCGAGUUCUUGAAGAUGGAUACUUUAGUAGAGGAGUGUGUCCAGUACUGUCACAAGCAUAUGAGCGCCAUCGUGGCCACACCGUGCAACAUGAGCUGCAUCAACAGCAACCUGGCCAGCCGCAUCGCUCUGCUCUUCACACACAACCAGGCCGACGACAUCAAGGACAAGAAGGACAAGUUCAAAAGUAAGUUGUUCCAGAAGAAGAUUGAGAAGCUUUUUGAUCCUGACUAUGAAAAUCCUGACUCUCCAGGAAACGCUGCUACGCUCUACAGGUGUGGUCUUUGCCUUAAGCUUCUGACCAAAGACACUGAAAGGAAGAUCUCUUGUGUUCCGGGCAAAAUUAACAUUGACUCUCAAGGCAACAUCGUCUACACACACAGCCGACAUAAAGGCUGGGACGUCCAUGACUUUCUGAACGGCCUGUAUGAGGAGCUGAAGUCCUGGGUGCUGGUUUACUGGAGGAUCUGGGGCACCAUUAACUUCCUCACCUGCUCUCGCUGUAAACAGGUGUUCCUGUGCAGCGAGUUGUCUCAGUGCAGGUAUCACCCGGAGGCCGUGGUGUACCCGGGUGUGGGUGCUGAUCGCAGCUGGCACGGUGCUGGGCUUUAUCCCUGCUGCAAACAGAGGGCUCUUCGCUUCGACCCUGCCGCCAUACCCAGGGGCUGUAAGGUCAGGGAUCAUGUGGUCAGCAUGCUGGACGGUGGGGACUGUGGAGAUAACGUGAACUCUGUGCAGACCAGAAUACUGAACGACCUGCUGCUUCACAGAGACGCUGUGUGUGUUAUAAGCACACAGACUGCAGACAGUUCUGCGGAGUCACCUGCAGGGGGCGAGCAAACACAGGACUGCGACGUAGAGCCGGGAGUCCUGAACAUUCAGAGAAGCGGAGAAGUCACAGCAUUUUCACUGCUGAAGAACUGGAGUCUCCAACUGCGGCAACAGUCUCUGCUGUCUGAGGACGAGGAGUACACCACGGGGUCAGAGGUCACAGAAGAUGAAGUUGGGGAUGAAGAAGACGCUUCAAAGAAACAAGCUCCAAAGAAGGCAAGAAAAUCAGGGAAGCCUUUGAAAAGACAAGUGUCCUCCCCCAGCAUACAGCGCAAGGAGAGAUCUGCAGACAAGGCUACUUCGAGGGACUCCACCCCUUUCACAGUGAGCGUGCAGAAGAGUAAAUGGGACAGCAGUCGCUCUUUGAGGUUUAAUCAGGACGCUCAGAGGGAGGAAGACCAGAGGAGAAUGGUGGAGAUCAUGGGUCAUCUUACCAGAAUGCGCUUUGGUGAUUUGGAACAGAACAAGUCAAAGGACACUAAAGAGCUUGCAGGAGGCAUUUACUCCAGACUGGAGGCCCAGUUUAAAAGCUCCACUCAGCCCAGUGCCCGACAAAGCAGCUCGGACAAAACGCUCCGGCCAAAGACGCGCUCUGGGCAGUCUAGACCAGCGUAAAGAAGGGAAGCGACAGAUGAGAUGAGCUGAUGAGUACAUAAAAGGAGGAAUAACCCCUCCUCCUCCGUCCUGCAUCCCUCUAUCUGAACCUUGGGCUGACUCGGACAGAGGGAUGGGCAGAAGCAGACGUUUGCGAUGCCGUAAAGGAACCUGUGGGGUUUUAACAUGCAAAUUGGAUUAAAUAGUAGAGCUGCACUGGAAUGUAGUGUGUCACUUUGUCUCCUCACUAAUCGUGCUGCUAGCUUCAUAAAUGUUAAAGCGAUAGUUUGGUGAGAGUCAAAUUUACUCUAUUUUACCUCUUCUCCCAAAUGUAUGUCAGUCAGCCAAGGUAUAUUUGGUGUCUUUAAUUUUGGACUGAAGCUACGAGGCUAAUGUAGCUAAUAAGCAAUGGAAGCGUAUGUACACCGAUUAGCGUGGUGCAAACUGCGUUCCUUAAAUCAUGUUGUUAAAAGGAAUUCCACUGAU